AUGGAAGUAGAAUACCUUUUCGGACAAUCCCAUCACCAUACUAAGGAUCACCGUGGAUUUCCAACACACUUUUUGCGUGGCCCACCAAGGUUUCUGACAAAUCAUGAAGAGCCUUCAGCGUCCACGCGGGAGCCCAAAGCAAGCCCACGAGGGCCCCCGGGGACAUCCCCAGAGCCGCCUGAAAUGCCUCUUGGGCGUGAAGGGCUCUCCGAGAGGACAACCUGGGCCAUCGCGCCGCCGCUCCGGGUAAUCGGGGAUGGAGGAGACCCUGUCUUGUUACGUUCCGCAGCCGUGGACCGUCGCCCACCCAGCCACCCAACCUUGAGCCCCCAGAAGCCGCGGCCCCCAGGGGGCAGGGAGCGGCGGGAGGGGCCGCUCCGAGCGAGGUCGUCCCUCCCCUCCCCUCCUCUCCCGGAGUCCUGGCUCGGACAGCAGCGCCGCCGAGCCGAAGCGGUGGCUGGGGGCCAAGCCGUGCGACCCGGCCCAGGUCCUGGUGCGGGCGGCGGCGUGCACGCGCCGCAUCAACCGCGGCGGGGAGGGCGAGGCGGCAUCGCCGGAGCUGGAGCGCCUCGGCCCGCGGCCUCCCCCGCCCCCGCCGCCACCGGCCAGGAGCGCUCCCCGCGGCCCCCUUCCGGCUGCGGAGGGCAGUUCUCCCGCGGCUCCGCGCGGCCGGGCCCGGACCUCUCACGGCUGGUGCUCGCCGGGCGGUUCAGUAACAUCCACCUCGGGAGAUCUUCUCCUGCAGCCCUUUUCCAAGAACCAGUUUUUACAAAUCCUUUCAGGAAGGCUCCCCAAGUCUCAGAAAAACAAGUAGGGGAGUGGCGGAGUCGAGUGCGUGACGGGCCAGCUGACGGCACGGUGUGCUCAGAGAACUCGGGUUCUAGUCGCUCCUCGCAAGAACGAAGGAAGGGAUGGCGGCCUCCUGACGAGCGAAAAAUCCACGUCACGGGCGUUCGAGACUCCGCAGCGCCCGGGUCGGGGCCCGAACCGGCGUCGGCGGGCACAUUUAACAGCGACUGUAGCUGUUCCUUAUCCAGGUCAGGGAACUCUGCUGAUAAUCACUCUGCAAACCACUGCGUGCUUUACAGAGCGGUCUCACUCCGGCUCCGCAGAAUUUCAGCUCCUUGCCUCCACCUCCACCUCCACUCCAGGACACGCCUCCGGUGAUAUCAUGUGUCAAUCACUCGGGCUGCCCGAAAACCUGGAACAGGAUUUCCUUAACUAUCGUUUCCUCUUUCGUUUAUGUGUACCAACUUGGAAAUGUUGCCCUACAGACUCGUGUAAUAAACAUCCUCUUAAAACUUCGGGAGUGCCUCUAAAAAUUCUGGAAAUGCAGUUUGUCAUAGAGGAAUACAUUCGGAUUUAGUUAGCAAUCUUUAGUUGUCGAUCUCAAUUAAAAGGAUUGGUGGACUCUACUCUUAAGUUGAAUUAGAAAAGAAUUGUGAAGAAUAAAAGAAAAUGAAAAAAGUUGUAUGCCAAGCCAUCACUUCUGACCAACUAGAGGGAAAACGUAUAUUGACACAAAAAGAUGAUUAUAUAACAUUACAGUUCCUAUUUACAACAAAGUUCAGAAUCUGUGAAACCUAAAGUUCAAAA